AUGCCCUCUUCUACUCAACGUUCCCCCCGAGAACCUCCUCCACGACCUCUAUCACGAAAUCCAUUUCUCGAUUCCUCAUUAAUUACGACGCAAACAACAUCCCCCGAAAAGAUGACAUUCUCUCGAACAAGCCCAACUUCAUCAGGAUCAGCUCUGACUGGAAACGCUGCAGAUCUAUUUGACGAGCUUACACUUGGAAAUAAACCCAUUCCAAAUAGGAGUCAAAAACCAGUAUUGAUGCGCUCAAACACUGGCGCUACUCAACCACCUCCAUACGAUCAGGCAGAAAAUGUUCCACCUGGAAGACCAUCAGGCCACAGACCAAUGCGAUCCCAGGAAGAGGCUAUGCGUGCGAGAAGAGCACAUGGAAAGCCAUCCUCCAGCAGACCUCGCAAAGAAGAGGAACUUGACAUAUUUGCCGAUCCCAACGACAGCCCAAGACGAAGAGCAAGACGUAACUCCGAUACUUCUAUCGCUGAUCGAAAGCCGAAAUUACUUGAUCCAGAAGACGAACGCCGACGCACAGAAAGAGAUAAAAGACAUCGUGAUCCAUUUCAUCAUGAUGGACCAUUCGAUGCUUGCUUACCCGGCCGUAACCGAACGGGAAGUCGACGUGCACCAAUGCAGGCAUUUGCUAAGGAUUCAGCCAACAACUCUCUUGGUGGUGGAGGACCCCUAAACAAAAAGCCUGAUCAUGCAACAUUUAUGGGCAACAACGUUGCGGAAGCACAUCUUGAUUACUCUCGUGGAGGAGAUAAAGUCGACAAUUACGAACCUUACACACCCCGCCCUGGAAUGCCCAGCCGUACAGAGUCUGCCGUCGAAAGUGCUACCACCCGUGUUGAGCCAGUCCAUGGUCCAGAGUCCAUGGGGCUUGGAACUUCGACUUUCCUUGAAGGUGCCCCUGCCUCUCGUGCGGCCGUGCAAAGAAAUCAAAGUGAAACUGGUAUGGAUGGUGGCUUGUCUCGUAAGAAGUCAUUGGCACAGAAAAUUCGUGGUAUCAAUGGCCGACGCGACUAUGGACCUUCUGGAAGAAUGACUAGCCCAGAAGGCAUGAACAACGCCACUUCUCCAGACGUGUACACAACUGGCGGAAGCAGAUCAACUGAAGCAAGUCCAUUCUUCAAUGAAUUCAACAACAAGGGGGAUGACACGAUCAGGGAGGAGACCGUCACAUUUGCUGAACUACCACCAAGACCCGGACGCUCUCGUGCUCCUUCUAAUCCUCCAGGAAUCGAAAGGCGUGUUACCAGCGAUAGUAUUGGGGAAACAUCCAAAGCACCCACAUCAAAUGGAGGAGGGUUCCUAUCCAGAGUCAAGAGUUUGAAGGGAGGUCCACGAAAGCCAAGGGUCGAGAACAAGCCAUUACCGACCCCUCAGCUACUCUAA